AUGGGCAAACGCCGCUCCCUCACAUCCUCUCGAUCCUCAAAACCGAAACCCAAACACCAAUCAACGGCCAAGAAUUCCCGACCAGCCGGAAUCUCGAAACCAUCACAGCCCAAGAAAAAGCACAUCCAAGUCUCGCAGACCACACCGAUUAUCCCGUUUGAGGCGAGCGAGAAGAUAUUACUAGUGGGCGAAGGCGACCUCUCGUUUGCACGGUGUCUGGUGUCGGUGCAUAAAUGCAGCAAUGUGACAGCGACGGUGCUAGAAGGCAGUGAGGAGGAGCUGGUUGAGAAGUAUCCGCAGGCACGGGAGAAUGUGGAUGUGAUUAGGGAUGGGAGUGGAGGUGGAGGUGGAGGUGGAGGUGGAGGGGGUGUGGUCAGGUUUGGGGUUGAUGUGGGGAAGAUGAUGGGGAAGAAGAUGGGGUUGGGGAAGGAGGGGGGGUUUGAGAGGGUGUUCUUUAAUUUUCCGCAUGUGGGCGGGAAGAGUACGGAUGUUAAUAGGCAGGUGCGGUAUAACCAAGAGUUGUUAGUGUCUUUCUUCACAUCUACACUCCCGCUCCUAUCACGUAAACCCGGGUCUUCAAUCAUCAUUACGCUUUUCGAAGGCGCGCCGUAUACGCUGUGGAAUAUUCGGGAUUUGGGCCGGCAUUCGGGGCUGGAGGUUAAGCGGAGUUUCAAGUUCCAGAGGGAGGUUUGGACGGGGUAUAGACAUGCGAGGACGCUUGGGGUUGUAAAAGGGAAGGAUGGGAAGGAGGGGGCGGGGUGGAAGGGGGAGGAGAGGGCAGCGAGAAUGUUUGAGUUUGUUAGGAAGGGGGAGGGUGCUGUGCAGGGGGUAGUGGGUGGGAAGAAGAAGGGUGGCGAGAGUAGUGAUGAUGAAGAAGAUGUUGGAGAUGGGGAUACGAGUGAAGAUUUGGAUGCAGUUUUGGAUUUAGAAGUGGGUAACAACGAUGAUGGCAUGGACGGAACGUUGGAGGACGUCGAAACAGAUACCGACGAUCAAAACGAGAGCAACGAAAGCGAUGACGAUUGA